GAUAUAAGAAAGGUUCUACUAUUAGGUAGAAUGAGUCUCCUGCCAAGGGUGCUUACCUUCCCUUAAACAAGGGUGAAGCCAAGGCCUGUGUUGGCAGAGAGUCUCAGGUCCUUGAAAAUCCCAAAGGCUAUGGCACUUCUUUUUCUGUGAAGCCACACUCACUUCCAACUUGCAAAAAAGGGCCUCAGUCUUUGGCCUUACCCAUUCUGAGUACUAUAAAAAAGGCCGUAGCAUUUUUGUGCAUCCUUGCUAUAAGAGGACAGGGCUGCAUCUAAGGCUCUGACAACCUUACAGAGCUGUAGCGAAGACUAGGCAGAGGGUGUUCCUGAAUGAAAGCUGGAUAUAAGUUUAAUUUUAAAAAAUAGUAUCUUGCACCCCCUAAGUUAGCUGUUUGGCCUCAGGUUUUUAAAAAAACAUUAUCUCAUUGCCUGUGUUGAAAUAAGAUUUAAGGGUUAGCCUUUAAUGACUCUUGAACACUGGAAUCUGUGGCGGGAUGGAAGGCAACCAUCUUUGCUCUCACCUCAAGCCAGCCGAUCCUCCCUUGGUCCCUCCUGCCCUAGAGAAAGGCUGCAUUCACAUGGCACACCGAACUGCAAGGAGCAAGUUAGCUUAACCUGCUGCGAGAUCCAAACCCGUGUGGCUAAUUUAUUGCUCAAUAUGCCGAGAACGCAGACAAUUGGCCGCUCCAAUCCACAGAUGCAGAAGAUGGCUUAGCAACAGAUCAACCUUCUCCCAUGCUGGGGUCCCUCUGUGCCUGGCAGUUGGACUGAUGUGAAUCUUUUGUUUUGGACUGAAGAAGCUUGUUCCCAAAGCCAUUCUUUCCUAAUUCAUGAGCCAGCAGGAUGUGGUCGCCGUCCUUUCAGAACGCCUUCUCAUAGCUGCAUACAAAGGGCAAGUGGAUAAUGUGGUGCAGCUUAUCAACAAGGGUGCCAAGGUAGCUGUUACCAAGCAUGGGCGGACACCUCUCCAUCUUGCAGCUUACAAGGGUCAUCUCCGUGUGGUCCAGAUUCUGCUCAAAGCAAGCUGUGACGUGGAUCUUCAGGAUGAUCCUGUGGAUACCAGCUUUCUAGAAUAUGAAACCCCAAGAAGUAAUUCUUUCCUUCUCCCUGCUAAUCCUGCAAGCCCCUAUUGGAAUCCAGAUGCCAUCUCUGAUUGGUCAAGGAGUGUUCACACAGCACAUACCUCAGAAAUAGUCAAGGGAACAGUGGUCCUGGUAAAAGAAGUCAAGGAAGAAAAAGAUAAGAAAAAACAGAGGAAAAAGGCUAGAAAAGAUCCUAGAAGAUUGCAAAGAGAGAAAGAGGGUGAUCAAACAGCUUUGCACCGAGCGACUGUUGUAGGAAACACAGAUGUCAUCUCAGCUCUUAUCCAUGAAGGGUGUGCGCUGGACAGGCAAGAUAAGGAUGGGAACACAGCUCUUCAUGAAGCCUCUUGGCAUGGGUUCAGUCAAUCAGCCAAACUGCUUGUUAAAGCAGGAGCUAAUGUUCUUGCCAGGAACAAGGCAGGUAACACUCCACUGCAUUUGGCUUGCCAAAACAGUCAUUCUGAAAGUGUGAAAGUUCUACUGCUUGGAGGCUCUCGGACAGAUAUCAAAAACAAUGCAGGAGACACCUGUUUGCAUGUUGCAGCUCGUUACAAUCACUUACCCAUCAUUAGGGUGCUCCUCACUGCUUUCUGUUCCAUCCAUGAAAAGAAUCAGGCUGGAGAUACAGCACUUCAUGUAGCUGCUGCACUGAAUCAUAAGAAAGUGGCCAAAUUGCUAUUGGAAGCUGGAGCUGACGGGACAGUACUUAACAAUGCUGGCCAGACCCCCCUAGAAGUUGCCCGGGAACAUGAGAACCCUGAAGUUGCUCUUCUGCUUACAAAAGCCCCUCAGAUUUCACGCUUUAAUCGUGGAAGGAGCCUGAGGAAGAAAAGGGAGAGACUUAAAGAGGAAAGACGUGCCCAGUCUGUGCCACGCGAUGAAGUGGUGCAAAGCAAGGAUAGUGCUUCUGCUGCUGAAGACACCCAUAGCAGUGAUCCUGUUCCAGGGAGAGGUGACUUGAAGAAUGAAAGCCAAUUGCCUUUGUUGGAGCAGAGAGAGAAGAAGAGUAAAAAGAAGAAACCAGGAGAAAAGGUAUUAGCGCUUUCUGAUCCUUUGUCCCUAGCGGAUCAGCAGAUACCUCCUGGUCCACAGCAAAACCUGACAAAACGUAGAAGCAAGCAUCGCUGUGCAUCUCCACCACCACCCCAUGAAUUCAGGGCCUACCAAUUAUAUACUCUGUACCGUGGAAAGAAUGGAAAAAUCAUGCAGGCACCUAUAAAUGGAUGUCGUUGUGAGCCACUAAUACAUAAAGUAGAGAACCAGCUGGCAGCUGCUAUGGAAGAAAUAAAAGUGGAGUUUGUAGCAGUGCAAGAUAAGAUGAACAGCAAACUAGGACAGAUGGAAAAUAAAACACAACAUCAGCUCCGUGUUUUAGACAAAUUAAUGGCAGAGAGGCUGUCAGCAGAAAGAGCAGAAUGUCUUCAUCGUCUUCAACACACUGAGUUGGAAAGAAAUGAAGGGGAGAAACGUCAGAUGUCUUUGGUGGGUGAGUUGAAAGCUUGGUGCCUGCUAAAAAUUCAGAAUCUAGAAAUGAAGCUCUCUGGAGACUCUAGAUCUUCAAGACCAAAAUCCACUCUGUCCACAUGUGAGUCACUCACAGAGACUUUGGAUACAGAGAACCUUCAUAGUACAAACGACUGUAAAACUACCCAGACCCCACCACAGUCAAAUGGGUCCCACCAUCAUUCUGGCAUUGUUAGUCUCUCAGGAGAUACAGAACCGAGUAGAAUGCCAGUCACAGAGCAGAGCUUUGGAAAGCAGUAUUUUGUGGUUCAGCAAGAUGACACAUCAGGAACAGAGCAACAGUUAAUGGGUGGUGCUGUCCCUCCUCCUUCUGCAACAUCUCCUCAAGUGGUUAGGCCAAAGGACAGAGCAAGUUUCAACAGAUUGCAGCAAGAACUGCCAGCAGUGGAAGUCUCCAAACUAAGGCAUGUUAAAGUACAAACUGUUCUGCAAGCCUCUCCUGAAUGUACAAAGACAGAAUUGCAGAGUGGCUGCUUGGUACACAAAGGGACUCAAACAAAGAAACCAAGCAAAAGCAGCCUGUUGAAGCACAGGACCCACCAACAAGUAGAGACUCCUCCUGUGCAGCAGCACCCACCUUCUGCCUCUGAAGGAAAGGACCUCAGUCCUCAGCUGGCAGGGACAUCUCAAGCUUUGGAAAUUACCCAGUACUUUUUUGAGGCUGUGUCAAGUCAGAUGGAGAAGUGGUAUGAAAGAAAGAUAGAAGAAGCUCGCUGCCAAGCAGACCAGAAAGCUCAGGAAGAUAAAGUAGUCCUUAAAGAACAUAUUAAAAGUUUAGAAGAGGAACUGCAGAAGCUAAGGACUAAAGUGCAGAAGGAAAACUAGCACUUGCAUGGCUCCAGAAAGGACACUUUGCUGUUUUCACAAACUCCACUGAAGCAGUUUUAGGGCAGAGGACAUUUAUGAGUUGUUUUACACGUUGAAUUUAUGCCUUUAAAGAUGAGGAUUCAUCCAUGAAAUGAUUUGCAAGGAAACCAGUUUUCUGAAGCCAACACUUUGCUGAUGGGCAAAAUGUUUUAGCUCUAAAUAGUGCUAGUUGUGAUACUAAUUCUGGGUAGAACGUGUUUGUACCCUAUCCGUGCCCAUCAGAGAUACUGCUGGGAAUCAGUGAUUGAAUGUCUAUUCCUGUUUUUCCAAUGCCUGUGCCAUUUUGUGAAUUCUUGUGAAGUUUUAUUAUUUUAUAUUGAACAAUUUAUUACAUAUUAAACAUUUUCUUUGAAGUUGGAGCAUUUUAUAGUAUUGAGUAUAGUAUUUUUAUUUAAUACGAGCUGAUAUCUAAACACAGGACAAGAACCUAUUUCUUCCUCACAGUAAUAACCUGUGGAGUAGGUUGGGUUGAGAGCAAUUGGUUUAAAAUCACCUAGUGAGCUUGCUUCUGUGGCUGACAGUGGACUAGAACCUGGGUCUCCCUACUGCUUGCCCAUCUUAACCAGAACAACACAGAUCAGUUGAAUUUUGAAAAUUACAAACAGUGGCCAACAUCAGAAAGGCUACUACUUCCUUCUAUACAGGACUUUGUGGAUCUCACGUGCUCCUAGUCUUAAUUCAGUUAACUACUUUAUGUAUGUGAAUUUGCUCCAAACUCUUCAGUCUCACGGGGGAUCAUGGUGAACAGACCAUCCAGUUGCAGUGCUGACUAGGGAGACUUCUUGUACUGAUCAGGAAGAUGGAGCAUGGAGUUGAAAAUAGGCUUUGUACUCCUUUCCCCCUGCUAAAAAGUUGACUGGUGUGUUUGCAGCCAAGAAUAGUGGUAAUAUAGUUGAAUGUACAUAAUUCUAAAGGGCACUAUCGGGACAAGAUUCUUAAUAAAAUGCUAAUACCAAGUCCUUAAAUAGUAAUGGCUAACUGCUUUCUACCCAAGAUACUGUAAACAAGUUUGCCAAUUUCACUGAUAAAAGAAAAAGAAAAGAUCUGAAGGUGGAAUUUACUCUAUACAUUACUUUGCCUGUCUCUUUCUUUUGGGGGAAGGAUGGGAGAAUACUUGUCUGCUUAUUUGCCACUUUGUCCUGGAGCACGUAUCUUUGGUCAUUGUGAAGUAGUGUACUACAAAGUAGUAGCUACAAAGUAAAAGAUAUACUUCUAAUUUUAUUGUUUCAAGAAUAGAAUGGCUCUGCUCAAAAUAAAAGUCUUAAUGCCUGCUUUUAGCUAUUUGGUAAUGGACUUUAAAGAGAGGACUAUGGUGUAUUUUUUAAAAUUAAAAUAAAGGCUGCUGCUGCUGCUGUGUGUAAUAAUAGAACUGAGUUUUGACAAACACUGCCCUUUCAAAUUAAAUUUCCCACUGAUUUGAUAGAAUGGGAGCAUUUGAUAAAAACUAGACAUUUCAGUGAGAAUAUACAGGUGAAACUCGAAAAAUUAGAAUAUCGUGCAAAUGUUCAUUUAUGUC